AUUUAAAUGGGUUUUUCGAAAUAACAAAUUGUUUCUUCGUCGCUCGCUGCUUCCCAGUCAGCCAGUCUCCACACUCGCUCUCGCUAAAAACUCCUUCAUCUUCUCUCAAACUCCUUUCCGAGCAAUUUCUUCGAUCUUCAUCGCGUGGAUUUCGUUUCGAAGCUUUAGAUAAUCAGUGGAAAUGGAAGAAGAAGCAGGAAACGGAGGAUUUCGGAAACGCAUGAAACCAUCUGGUGAAGAGGAAAAAGGAGAUUCGAGAGAUGGAAUGAGCCUGGAUACAAUCGAGAAUGAAGAAACUGAGACGAAACUUGUUGCUUCUGAUGAGAUGGAACUUAACAUUGCUCAAAUUCUCGACAAGAUUGAGAGCUUCACGCAGACUGUUUCUAACUUGCUAGAAUCAGGGAAGACAAUGUUCAAGGAACUCAGUAACGAAUUCGAAGAACGCUUGAUCAUGAUACACAAGGAACAUGUUGAGAAAUGGCAGGAGGAGAUCAAGGAAUUGCGUCUGCUUGAUGCAUCAAACGAGGAGACUACUUCCCUGUUACACAACGCUCGCUUUCUGAUUCAGAAUCCUAGCAUUGAGCCUUGAGGUAAGCCAUUUCUAAGAACAGAUUAUCUUCUUCCCAGUGGUGUAAGAAGCCCAUAUAUAUAUAUAUAUAUGGUUGGUUGGGGAAUUUAGAUUUGGACAAUUUUAAAACUCUAUGAUGUCUUGAAGGAUGUAUAGUAUAAUCCUAUCGUGGGUCUGAUCAGUUAAAGCCAGAAUUGUGUUGCGUUUAAUCUUUUAGUAGAUUUUGAGUGGAACACAUAAAAGAAAAUGCGAAACCCAUAAAAAAGAAGUUUUUCCUGAAACAUAGUCAUAAAAUUUAUGAUGGUUAAAGUAGUCAGAGAUAUUAAGAAAAGGAAAACGGACUUUUUUCUUAAUCAUUCAACGAAAAAGAAUUAGAGGAAAGAACUCAAUGACCUUCAUUUCACAAGGGAAA